AUCUCUAUUCGUGAGCCGGAAGUGCCCGGAUAAGGGCUGGGCUACCGUACGUAACAAUGACGACGACGGUUAUUUUUAAUCGGACGCUGGAAAAAAAAUGGCGAAAUAAUAUCAUCUCCGUCAUAUGUGGUGAAAACGUAGCUGCAUCCCAUCACAGUGUAAUAGGUCGCUGGCGCACACCGCGGGACCAUGGGGAACACCAACAGCGAGCGGGGCGGCAUGGGUCAGGGCGAGAAGACUCACCGGAGAGACAGCCGCGGGGCCAAGGAAGGGGACCGACCCAAAAUCCUCAUGGACAGUCCCGAGGACGCAGAUAUCUUUCACGGGGAGGACCUCAAGCCACCUCUGGAGAAGGAGGAGUUCUUGGCCUGGCAGGAGGGGCUGGAGGCGCAGGACAAGGGCCCGCUGGACCGGCCCACCGUUUUCCGCUGGACCGGCGACGGCAAGGACGUCUUUGUGUCCGGGUCCUUCAACAACUGGGCCAACAAAAUUCCUCUGAUCCGCAGUCAGAACACCUUUGUGGCGAUAGUGGACCUGCCAGAGGGGGAACACCAGUACAAGUUCUACGUGGAUGGGCAGUGGACCCACGACCCUGCGGAGCCAGUGGUGACCAGUCAGCUGGGCACGGUCAACAACGUCAUCCAGGUGAAGAAGACCGACUUCGAGGUGUUCGACGCCCUCAUGGUGGACUCUCAGAAAUGCUCGGACAUGUCAGAUCUUUCCAGUUCUCCCCCUGGUCCUUACCAUCAGGACGCCUACAUCCCCAAACAGGAGGAGAGGUUCAAGUCCCCCCCUAUCCUGCCCCCCCACCUGCUGCAGGUCAUCCUCAACAAGGACACAGGCAUCUCUUGUGAUCCUGCCUUGCUUCCAGAACCCAACCACGUCAUGCUUAAUCACCUGUACGCACUGUCCAUCAAGGACGGGGUUAUGGUCCUGAGCGCCACUCACCGCUACAAGAAGAAGUACGUCACCACCCUCCUUUACAAGCCCAUAUGACUGACAGCCCAGCCCCGCCCCCCGUCCUGCCCCCCACAGAUCUCCAUUUGUCCGUAGUUUAAUUUAUUUGGGUUUUUCCCUCGUCCUUUGGAAUCGGAGCCGGUUUAGAAGUUGGGCCUGGAGGGUGGGCCUUGCCCUCCGCAGGGCCUUGUCCUCCGCCUCUCGUUUCUAUGGCGAAGUCCUGUCGCCUGGGACCCAUUCCACAUGUUGCCCCACGGGACUGGCUCGGUUGACGGGCUGGGAGACUACCCACAAUGCC